CGCCGUUGUCCAUGUCGUGGUUGGCCUCUCCUGUCCCGCCCCUCUUGGCCCGUGUUGAGGUUCCGCGCGGCAAAUGGCCCAGCAAGAAAUUCACAGGGGCCGCCUCUUGGCUUGCUCAACGAUGUCGGCAGGCGUCUCCAUGCAGGCGUUGUUCCUGAUGAAGACUUACGACUUGGACGUGCUCCAUGUCACUUGGGUGAGCGUCGGAUCCGCGGUUACCCUGGUCCUCACGGGCAUGUUCAUCAGCACUCGUGUCAAGAACUGUUUUGGGCUCACGUGGACUGUUGUGGUGAUGAACACGUUCGGCGGAUGCCUCUACAUAUUCAUGGCCCAGUGCGGAUACAUGGGCCUGGACGUGUGGUUUUUUGUCGUGUGCGUCUGGCUGGGCUCGAUGCAGAGCUCCGUGGCAGGUGCUAGCACAACGCCGCUGCUAAACGAGUACUGCAGCACCUCGAAUCGAGGCAGGAUCAUCAGCACCUCACAGAUGUGCAUGAACCUGGGCAGAAUGCUGGGACCUUUAUCAUACGGUCAUCUCGCUAAGUAUGACAUCAACGCGGUGUGGCUCGUUGCUGGGGCUGCGCUGUUCAUUAAGGCUUUCUUAACACUGUUUGUCCGGCCCAGGAAGGAGGAAGCGCCAGGGACGGAGCCUUCCAUUGUCAGAAGGCAUACGAUGUACGGUGAAGACUGGCAGGACGAAGUUGGAAGCGCAGAAGACAUAAACAGUUUGGGCAAGUAUGUUGCUGAUCUUUUGACAAAGGGCCACUACAAGUGGGUAACCCGGCGAUCGGAUAUCGAAGGCCUGCUGGCGAAGCUCCUUCCGGAGCUCGACAUCGCAAACCAAGAGCUCUAUGACAAGCACGUCUGUGAGAUAGAGGCAGGAACGGAGCUGGCACGAGCCAGAUGUGGAGACAGAUGCUGAGUUUGGUGGGAUGCCAGCGGGCUGCCGAGCCUGUCCUCGGUGAAUAUUUGGCCUCACUGGCGGCCCUGACUCCUUGGCUCUGGCGGUCGCAACCAUGGAUCAACGGCUCCCGCUUUCAUGGGAAAUCGCGAAUGUCCGCGGCCGAGCGAGGUGGCACUGGCCGCAUUUUGGGGAGGGCACCUCCCCCGACCCAUGGAUUUGGCAACCGCGCGCCAAAUCCAUGGAUCGCCAAUGCAGGUUUGCGCGUCCCCGAUUGGUGGCCUUCUUGGGCCAUCUCGGGAGCCAUUUUGAGUGCCUUUCAGGACUUGGAGACCGCCCAGGUGAGGUAUGUGCGCCAAUGGAGCCCCCGGAGGGUGCCAGUGACUCGAUGCGAAGAGGAGGGGUGACUUAGACAAGUACGGAAGCUCAGCCAGACGUUUAGCGUGCUACUACUUCAGUACGUGCCAGGGGGCACUGUGUUGGAUUUCCCGCCGAUAUUACUAUGAAGCACCUUCGCGCAGACUUGCGUAUAUCAA